UGUUGAGCUGUCGUGUAUUCCCAGAAAUCCUCACUUGUAUCAAACUUCUCUUUUUUUCCGAGUAAACGGACCUUUCUCCGAAAUUAACAAAAACGCCUUCAACCCGUAAUUAUGCAUGUUGACUUAUACUGAAGUAUUCAUUUCCGCUCACACGACCUUUUCAUCAACAUUAACACAAGCAUCUACAAUUCAUCUUUAUGCUCGUUGAGCUAUCGGGUAUUCCCUAGAAGUUCAGCCCAUUAGAUAGCAGGUCACGUAUAAUAUCGGUGAAUCAGAUUGUUGUGGUAGUGUACAUGCACAUUAAGUUAUUGGGUAUUCCUAGAAAUUCUGCUCAUUAGCAAGCUGGGUGUUUGAGGUGAAUAGCUCACAGCUAACUGUAACUGUAUUGUGGAUAUUAAGUUUAUAGACAUUAAGAAAUGAAAAUGUUAAAUUCAAAUUGUGCUGAAUUGUUAUCCGUUUAAUGUCAUAGGCGUUUUUGUGAACCGAUUAGAUUAGACCGAUUAGCUAUUAUACGCAUUUGUGAACCAAGUUGAUUAUGCUAAUCGUUACAUUUGUGAGACGAUUUAACUCAACUGAUUAGGCAAAUCGACCUAAUCGUCCCAGGAGGUGUUUAGGCGAUUAGAUUUGACGUUUUCAAAAUGGCGGAAUGUUCGACAUCAAGGCCAUUAGCAAGCAGGUUGUUUGAAUGAAUAGCUCACAGUUAUAUUGGUAUACAUCCAUCUUUUAAAAUCCAAGCCGAUCGUAAGUGUAUUUUUCUAUUAUUAAUUUGACAAUGUUAAAUAUUUAGUUGAUGACAUAUUCACUUGAACAUUUAAAAGGGACUUAAUUUAAAAGAUAAAAGGAGAAUUUCUGAAUGUCAGUUCUAAUGGGGUCAUUUAUGAGAAUUUCUGAAUGUUAGCUCUAAUGGGGUCAUUGAUGAUAAUUUCUGAAUGUUAGUUCUAAUGGGGUUAUUUACAUGUAGAGUAGAUGAAAUGAUUUUGCUGCCACGCCCAAAGUUCACUUGGCUAAUAAGAAACUUUUGUUGUGAUUCUCCAUUUUUGGGAACAUCAUAAACUUAAUGAGUGAAUUUGAACAGGAAAUUUACGUAACUGUGUCUUAAUGUUGAUGCGGUUCUAGUUUUACCCUCUGGGAAAUACAUCCACCUACAAUUCAAGCCAGUCUUUUAGAAUGGAUGAGACCAAUGUACCACGAGAUGACAAACCGGCUAAAAGAGAAAGUUCAAACGGGAGUGAUGAUGAAAUGGAACACCUGAUACCAACUAAAAUAGUAAAAUUAUCUGAUGAAAGUGAAAGUGGGAAUAUCGAACCAAAACAUGAACUCCAGAAGAUACAGGAAAGAUUAUCUCAAGCUGUUGAUGACGUCAACAUUGAUCUAACGGAGACCAUAUUAAAAGAACUACAGCCAGAUGACGUCAGAAGACUACAAGACGUCAUUAUAAGUUUAACCUGUCAAUCAUUAGAGAGAAGAUAUUUAUCACUUGUUAAGUGUUUAUUUAAUAAUAUUAUAAUAUUACAAUCUGAUGGUCAACUUGAUAUUAAUUUAAAUAUACAGUUAAUGAUAUGUGCUAUAAAAUCAGAUUUUGUUGAAGGUAUUCAGUAUCUCUAUAGUAAGAAAUUAUAUUUACAGGUUGAACAUGACAAUAAAGUAUGGAAUGCUUUGUUAGAAUCUGUUAAGUAUAACAGUUUCAAUAUUACUAAAUAUCUUUUAACAAUUUCUGAUUUAAAUCUCAAUCUAGACUCUCAUAAAACUAUAUUAAUGUUUGCUAAAUCUGGUAAAAUGUUGUCAAUUCUUUUAAGUAAUGAUCAAAUCAAGAACAUGAUUAAUUAUAAAUCUAAAUCUGGUCACCAUGUGUUAGAUCACUGUAUAGAAAACACUGAUGAUGUGGACGAAUGUUUCAACUGUAUUAACAUUGUAACAGAAGCUGGAGCUGAAUUCGACAAGUUCAAUCAAACUAAAUCAUUACAAUAUGUCAUUAUUAAGUAUGGUGAUAAACAUAAGUGUUUAGGUAUUAUAUCAUUAUUACUACAACACGGUGCUGACGUUAAUCAGGCUGACGGGUAUCUCACACCUUUAACAUUGGCUAUACGAUACCUUGGUGAUAAAGAUACAUGUUUAGGUAUUAUAUCAUUAUUACUACAACAUGGUGCUGAUGUUAAUCAGGUUAACGGGUAUUUCACACCUUUAACAUGUGCUAUACGGUACCAUGGUGAUAAAGAUACCUGUUUAGGUAUUAUAUCAUUAUUACUACAACAUGGUGCUGAUGUUAAUCAGAUUGAAAAGCUGUACUCACCUUUAACAUGUGCUAUACGACACCAUGGUGAUACAGAUACAUGUUUAGGUAUUAUAUCAUUAUUAAUACAACAUGGUGCUGAUGUUAAUCAGAUUGACGAGAUACACUCACCUUUAAUAUGUGCUAUACGGUACCAUGGUGAUAAAGAUAUCUGUUUAGGUAUUAUAUCAUUAUUACUACAACAUGGUGCUGAUGUUAAUCAGGUUGACGGGUAUCUCACACCUUUAACAUGUGCUAUAUGGUUACAUGGUGAUAAAGAUACAUGUUUAGGUAUUAUAUCAUUAUUACUACAACAUGGUGCUGAUGUUAAUCAGCUUGACAAGAUGCACUCACCUUUAACAUGUGCUAUAGAAUACCAUGGUGAUAAAGAUUCCUGUUUAGGUAUUAUAUCAUUAUUACUACAACAUGGUGCUGAUGUUAAUCAGGUUGACAAGAUAGACUCACCUUUAACAUGUGCUAUAGUACACCAUGGUGAUAAAGAUACAUGUUUAGGUAUUAUAUCAUUAUUACUACAACAUGGUGCUGAUGUUAAUCAGAUUGAAAAGCUGUACUCACCUUUAACAUGUGCUAUAGAAUACCAUGGUGAUAAAGAUUCCUGUUUAGGUAUUAUAUCAUUAUUACUACAACAUGGUGCUGAUGUUAAUCAGAUUGAAAAGCUGUACUCACCUUUAACAAGUGCUAUAGAAUACCAUAGUGAUAAAGAUACCUGUUUAGGUAUUAUAUCAUUAUUACUACAACAUGGUGCUGAUGUUAAUCAGCUUGACGAGAUGCACUCACCUUUAAUAUGUGCUAUACGGUACCAUGGUGAUAAAGAUACGUGGUUAGGUAUUAUAUCAUUAUUACUACAACAUGGUGCUGAUGUUAAUCAGAUUGACAGGUAUAAUAACUCACCUUUAACAUGUUGA